AUGACAACCCCCUUCCCCCCACCCCCAGUCACUUCCAUCGACUGGGACAACGUGGGCUUCAAAGUGCGCGAUGUAAACUUCCACAUCCAAAGCACCUACACCACCACCACCGGCACCUGGAGCGCCCCCCAACUGAUAAAAUCCCCCCUAAUCCCUCUCCACGGAAUGUCCCCCGCCCUCAACUACGGCCAGCAAGCCUACGAAGGCCUAAAAGCCUUCCGCCACCCUUCCUCUACCCCCCCCAGCACCAGCACCACCCCCAGCAAAAUCACCAUCUUCCGACCCCACCGCAACGCCUCCCGCCUCACCCACAGCACCACCUACGUCUCCAUCCCCCCGAUCCCAGAAUCCCUCUUCGUCCAAUGCGUCAAUCUCGCAGUAGCCACCAACGCAGAAUACGUACCCCCGCAUAACACCAAGGCGGCACUCUACAUCCGUCCCGUUGUCUUCGGGUCUAGUCCCCAGCUCAGCCUCACCCCGCCGGACGAGUAUACUUUCGCUGUGUUUGUUACGCCGACUGGGGUCUACCAUGGGGUUCAUGCCGUGGACGCCCUAAUCCUCGAGGACUACGACCGGACCGCACCAUCCGGGACCGGCAGUGCGAAAGUAGGAGGGAACUAUGCCCCCGUGCUGCGUCACAGCGCAGCAGCAUAUAAAGAUGGAUUUGGAAUCACGCUUCACCUAGACAGUAAGACCCGGACAAUGGUGGAUGAGUUCUCGACUAGUGCCUUUAUCGGAGUGAAGAGGGACAAAGACGGAGGGAUCACGCUCGUGCAACCCGAUAGUCCGAAUGUGAUUGAUUCGGUGACUGCGGCGUCGGUGUUGGAGAUCGGGGAGAGGAUGCUCGGGUAUAAAGUUGAGAAGAGAACCGUGAAGUAUGAGGAGAUCGCGGAGUUUAGCGAGGUGAUUGCUGCUGGGACAGCGGCGGCGUUGGUGCCGGUGAGGAGUAUCUCGAUGAAGUCGAGAGGGGAUCGGUGGGAGCUUGAGUGUGGAGGGACGGAGGGGGGAGGUGGGCCGGUUUGUGUGGAGUUGUUGAGGUUGUUGCAGGGGAUUCAGACAGGGGAGGUGGAGGAUAUAUUUGGGUGGAAUUGGGUGGUGGAGAGGCCAGAAUUGGAGGGUGAAGGAGAAGGGGAGAAGGAGAAGGAUCGGGAGGAUAAGGAGUUGAAUGGGGUUAAUGUGCCUUAG